CGCCAUGUUGUUUUUUGUCACCGUCACCAACACAAGCGCAAGAAAUUACAGCACUUCAAUUUUUGUGUUGCUGCCAGGAAAAUCACAAUUUUCAGCCCGAUCAACUGCAGAGAUUGUCAAAUAAAUAUAUUGAGUUUUGAGCCAAAACGAACCCAUCUGUCUUUGUGCAUUGGUGGUGCAGAAUAAGUUGCGUUUUGUAUGGUUUUCGUGUACUGGUCUUAAUGUUAAACUUGCGUUUAUUUAUGUGUUAUGAGCAUAGUUUGGAAUAUCUACACCAGCAGUAAUAAAGAUUGAAAGUCUAUUAUCAACUGGAUGGCAUUGCAAGUAAAAUCUAUUGGUCUUGGAUAAGUAAUAGCUGAAGAUUGUUUGGUCGAAGUGAAGAUCCGAUAGGAAAUAUAACAAUAAAACAAUCAACGGGCAAGCACAUCAUCAGUGUCCAGGACGAUGGACAUCUGAACUCCAGCUAACGAAUCUUCGAUUAGUCUAUGGAUGCGAAGCGCCAGUGAGAGGAAUCUCGGAUAGCCAGACAGAUAGCAACUCUCUGUCUGUACUAAAAAAGAAAUAAAUAACUAAUCAAAUCAAAUUGAUUGAUCAAGAUGAGUGUGAUUAUUCGGUUACAAAAUCUGCCGUGGACGGCAAAUGCGCGCGACAUUCGAAACUUCUUCUCGGGCCUCUCGAUUCCCGAGGGCGGUGUCCACAUAAUCGGCGGCGAGAUGGGCGACGCUUUCAUCGCUUUCAGCACUGACGAGGAUGCCCGCUGCGCAAUGUUGAAGGAUCGCGAGAAGCUAAUGGAGAUCCAGGUGCGCCUGCUGCUCUCCUCGCGGGCCGAGAUGCAGAAGGUCAUUGAGACGGCUCGAAAGGGAGCCUCCGCUCCGGCGCCCAUUUCCGUUCCAGUGCCCAUGCCAGUUGUUGCACCCAUUUCGGUGCCCAAGCCUAGUCUAGCUGCUCCAAUGCCUCCGAUUAUUGGGGGUCUGAACAGCUUCCUGGGCCAAAGCAAGGUGGCGGCGCCAACAGGUGGGGUGCCCUCUUUUCUGGCCUACCAACAACAGGCCGGAAUCCAGCUCUCCGAGAUCACGGGCAGCCGCAGUCGCAGCCGCUCCUCCAGUUCCGAUGACAGCGAUAGGGAGCGUGAGAGGGAACGCGAACGGGAACGUCAACGGGAACGUGGUCGCAAACGUCACUCCGAUCGUUUGGACAAUAGCCAGGAAAGGGAGCUCAAGAUGGCAGCGACACCAUCUCCGUGGGCUCAGCCAACCCAAAAUCAAAUGCCAGCUGGUGACAUGGGACUGGGUCUCAACAUGGGCUUGAGCCUCAAUAUACCAUCGGUAUUACCCUCACUGCAAAGCUACACCACUAGUAGCACCACCAACAACGUGACCAACAACUACAAUCUUGCUCCAAGUGCUCCCAAUGCCCAGCUGCUGGCCGCUCUGAAGCAAGUGGCCAGCGGUGGUGGUGGUGGUGCUGGAGUUAGUGCACCAGCUCAAGGGCAGCCCACCAAAUCCGAAGGCGAGCCCAUUGCCUUCGCCAGCGUGAAUCCCUAUGCACAGAUGUAUCCGCAGCUGUUCCAGCAACAGCAGCUGCUCCUCCAGCAGCAGCAGACGCCGGCCAAGGUGUCACCCUCCAUCGGUGGCUCUCCGGGAGGUGGAAACACGCCUCAGGUCGUCGCAGACACCUGCUACAUUCGGAUAAGUGGCAUGUGCCAAAAUACCUCAUACAGCGACAUCCGCAAGUACUUCCAGGGGCUGUACAUUCCUCACAAUGGCAUCAAGAUCAUGAUGUCGAAUGGCAACCGCACCGGAGUGGCCUACGUGGAGUUCUCCCGCGUGUCCAGUGCCCAGAAAGCAGUUCAACGGAACAAUACUAUGUUUCGGGAUCGCUUGAUUCAGAUAGCCCCAGUGGGCGACGAAGAAUUUGAGCGGGCGGAGGAGCAUGCCAAUCGACAGCAAAGCGAGGGGAAGCGCAAUCAUAACCACAACGGUGGCGAGAGGAGCGAACGUAGCGGAGGAGGUAUGCCCAUGCCCAUACCCAUCACCAAUGUCCUCUAUGUAGAGGAUCUGCCACAGCUCACCACCGAGCAGGAGAUCAUGAAGAUGUUCUCCGCCAGCUACACCGUUGUGGACAUUCUCUUGAGCCCCAGUCCCAACAAUCGUCGCGAGUGCGUGGCCUUUGUCCUGUUUGCCAGGGAGGCCGAUGCAGAGGCCGCUCUGCAGGAUACCGCCAAGCACUAUAUAGGAUUCCGCCAGCUUAGGGUGAGGCCCAGCAGUCAGGCGGAGAUGCAGAAUGCCAAGGAGAAGCAGCGCAGAGCGAAUGAGCAGCUGCUCAAGGAGGAGGCCGAUCAGCGCGAGGAGCUCUUGAAGGAUCAGCAAAGGAGGCAGAAGCUGCAGCAACAGGAGCAGGAGAACAAUAACCAAGCCAGCAGGUUCGCCGCCGAUCCUAGAAGACGCCAAGUGGAUGAGCUUCAGCAGCAGCAGCAAAAACAACAGCAGCAGCUUCAGAUGCAGCAGCAGCAGAUGAAUAUGGGUCCCAGCAUCAAUCACAAUAUGAAUCCCAACAUGAUGCCUGCCUUUAUGAAUGGUGGCAACAUGCCCUUUAACAUGCCACCUCAGCAGCAAAACGGAGGCAGCAACUUCCCGUUUAACAUGAACAACAACUUCAACAUGAAUAACAACGGCGAUCCCAAUGGCAAUGGACCGAACUUCCACAACGAUAACGGAGGCGGGGUUGGCAUGCAGCGUCCUCGGCAAGAAGACGUGUUCGUGCGUGUCCACAACUGUGAGUAUGCCACCAGGGUCAAUGAUCUGGGCGAACUCUUCUCCAUCGAACAGCUGGGCAUCGAGCACAUCGAACAGCUUUUCAAUGAGCGUAACCAGAGUUCCGGCGAAUUCAUUGUGGAGUUCACCGAUCCUGCCAGCUGCAAGCAGGCCAUCAGAGAGUACCACAAUCGACGCUUUCGAGGAAGGGGAUUGCGUGUGGUUUCGAUCACACCACAGGAGAUUGCUGAUAGGAUGAAUAAGCCCUUCAUGGACUAUCUGCCGGGAGGAAACGGUUCCAGGAAUGUGGAAAGUAACGAUGUGAGUGGAAGUGGCAGUGUAAAUGGAGGUAGUGGAAGAUCUGACGGUAGUCACGGAGCACCGCCAUCCCGUCGUCGCGGACCCAGUCGCUUCGAUCAGCCGCAGGAUCAGCCACCAGAACGCCUGGAGCGACAGCAAUCAUUGGAAAAGGAGGAGAACAGCAAUAGCAGCUCCAACGCCCCCGUCAAACAGCACUUCAAUCCCUUCGCUCGACCGGAUCCUCCUCUGAGCAGCAGCUCCCUCUCGCCCAGCAAUCUGAGCCAAAGCAAGCAAGCCUCUCCGGUGCCGGUCCCAGCUUCCCAAAUCCCGGACAAGUUCAAUCGUCCGGGAUGCGUGGUGGCCAUGCGAAAUGUCCCCUUCAAGGCGGAGCUAAAGGAUAUUCUGCGCUUCUUCGGCGACUACAAGUUAAGUCCGGAUGACAUCAUCAGACGUUUCAAUGAUGAAGGAAAACCCACCGGAGACACUCGUGUGGCUUUUGAAUCGCCAUCAGAGGCGCGUUCCGCUUUCGAAUCGCGCCGCAGGAAACAGAUAUUCAAUCGCACCGUCUACCUUGAUAUUAUUUAGGCUAUUGGCCCUCGACUGUUUGACCAUCGCUAGUGUAUAUUGUAAAUAAGUAAUAUUAAGACUAACACCAAACAUACUAACUAGCCCCCAAGCUGUUUCAUUUGUCAUGUACAUAGACCUUUUCAAAUAAAACUAAAAACCAUGUGCAACAAAGCGAGAAACUUUACAUUAUACAUUUAAAUGUGGAAAUACGAUACCCAAAGACGCAUAGUAACUUCAUAAACCCAUCAAAG